CCCAGCAUCCCCCAACCUCUACUCCUCCGCCUCUUACACGAAGGUUUCCAUCACAAGGACACCAAAAUCGACACGCGUGCGUUGGGCAUGGUGCAACAGUAUGUGGAAAUUUUUGUGCGAGAGAUGAUUGCGAGGUGUGUUGCUGAGAAGAAGGAGAGGAAGAAGAGGAAUGAGAAGGAGAAGGGUGAGGUGAAUGAGGGGAUGAGAAUGGACGAUGACGAUGAUGAUGAUGAUGAUGUUGGGUGGUUGGAUUUGGAGGAUUUGGAAAAGGUUGGGGUGGGGAUGAUGUUGGAUUUUUGA